GACGGAGGGACGAACGCCUUGACCGAGGAUUUCGUUUUGCUUUGCACCGGCUUCGCACAACCUUGAGAACCUUCGAUGAUGACGGGACGGUUCGUCUACGGGCGACCGCUACAUUGAAGGGCACGGUCGCUGGCGCGUCCUCCGCUGGUUGCUGCAUUCGGGCGGCAACGGCGUCCCCAGCCCCAUGGCGCCCACCGUGGCGUCGCUGCAGUCCCGAACGGGAGCCCUGGCGCUGCACUAUGCAGCCGCCAAGGGAUGCCUCGACUGCGUCGUCCUGCUCACCGAGUCAUGCCCGGAGCUCGGGGCCAACACGCCGAUGGAGAACCAGGUGACGCCCGUGUACCUGGCGGCGCAGGAAGGUCACGUCGCCGUGCUGCAACACCUGGUCACCGUGGCUGGAGGAAACCUGCACCUGAGGGCACGCGAUGGCAUGGCCCCGCUGCACGCCGCGGCACAGAUGGGAGCCCUGGACUGCGUCCGCUGGAUGGUGGAGGACCAGGGCGUGGACCCGAACCUUCGAGACAACGACGGUGCGACCGCGGCUCACUUCGCGGCCAGCCGGGGUCACGUGGAGACUCUUCGCUGGCUGCUGGCGCACGGCGCGGCCAUCCUGCCGGACAAGUACGGCAAGUCGCCCUUCCACGACGCUGCCGAGAACGAGCAGCUAGAGUGCCUGGCAGUCCUCAUUGGUCACGUGUCCAACCCGGAACAGCACGUGACCCAAAGCAAAGCAAACGCAAGCUCCGGCAAGCGGGGAUCCGCACAGAACAGACAGGUGGCGCAGACGUGCUCGUGUCCCGGUCCGGCCCGUUCCUCGGGUCCCGGAGGGCGCUCGUCGCGUUCUUCGCGCCAGCCCCAGCAGAUCCUGCAGCACCUGCCCCAGCAGCGCGUGUGCGGCGCGCGGGCCCCGUCGCCCACGGCCGCCAGCGUGUCUUCCUCGGUGAACACCGUGCCCGCCGCCGGCGCGGCCUCUUCGUCGCGGCCUGCCGGUGGCCAACAGCAGGUCCAGCAGGACAGCGGCGGCUCGGCGGCACAGCAACAGCAGCAGCAACAGCAACAGUCUAGCGGCCCGCCGCAGGAGCCUUUCUUCCUGCAUGAACCUCACAUGACCGUCAGUGACCGGGUGCGAAAGCUGUUCGAGAGCGCAGCCGGAAUCGGCAACCCAAACACGGCGUCCCUGCAACCUGGCAACUUGCACGUCGUCACUGCGGAGGUGCACGACACCAACUCCGGCAGCCCUGACAGCUUCGGCAGCAGCGCCAAGACCGAGGAAGCCAAAGGUGCCGGGGGCGGGAGCUCGUCCGACUCGAACGCCAGCACCGACGAAGGCAUCUGCCAGGACGACGCGACGCUCCUAGAGGAAGACUGCAGCGAGAAGCGCGACUCGGACGCCGCGUCGCUGACGCCUCAGAGCUCGAGGCGCAAGGCGCCCUCUCCGGACGCCGCCUCGUGCGCCUCGUCGGUCGCCGGGGGUCCCGACGACCCCGAAGAAGACGACGACAUGGCAGGCCGCACCACGAUAUUCCACAGCUCGCAGAUGAAAUGCAAGUCGCCGCCGCCGCUGCCACCGCUGCAGCCGCAGCAGCACUCGCCGGCGCCUCAACAGCCGGCACAUCAGCCGGUCGCUGCAACCCAACAACCUGUACAGCAAAAACAGCAGCAGCAGCAGCAGCAGCAGCAGCAGCAGCAGCAGCAGCAAAAGGAACAACAACAGCAGCAACAACAACAGCAGCAACAACAACAGCAGCAGCAAGCGCAGAACAACAGGGCCACUCUCUCCCCUGUAGUGCUGAAGCCCGUCUCCAAGACGUCAUCUCCUCGGUCACCGCUCUCUUCCAAUGGCAACGGUAUCGGCGACUCGCCGAAGUUUCCUUCGCAGGCGCUUCUUCGGCCCACGCCCGGAUCCGCGCUGCUCCGAGACAUGGCGCACGCGUCUCCACCGCUUCGCAACAAGUGCUCCUCGCUGGCCGACCUCCUGGACGCCGACCAGCAGCACCACCAACAGCAGCAGUCGUCGCAGCCCCAAAUGUCGCCGGGCCACGCUUCCUCGUCAUCGCCCGGACAACCCCGCGGCCAAGUCAAGAAGCCCUUCGAGAACGGCAUGAAGAAGGCUUCGUCCACGCUGUCGCUGGUCACUCCCCCGCUUCAGCUCCCUCCCGCACCGACGCCCUCGGUGGCCUCCGUCGGCGACGGGUCCGUAGCCGAACUCAGCAGCAGCGAUUCGGACUACGAGACCAUCUGCACGGUGUCCACCUACAAGGACGACAAGCUGGUCAAGUCAAUGAGGCCGGUGAAUCAGGCCGCCGACACGUCUACCUCUACCUCCGCGACGUCACCCGCGACGCCUUCACCGCCUCCUCCUCCGCCUCCCGUGUGUACAGUCCUGUCGCCACCCCCGCCUCCACCACCGCUGCCCAAGGGCUUCGACAUCCGGUCCACGGAGAGCACGCUAAGGCGACCCGGGUCGCUGGGCACCAGCAACGGCGGAGACCGCUCGGAGACGUCGUCGAACGCUGACACGGACGAGACGGCGUCGUCCGCGAGCACGACGCACAGCGAAGAGAGAACCCUGCCGAGGUUGUUCGAGAGGCCCAUGUCCUUCAUCCCGCCCCAGUUCAUGCAGCCGCCGGACUCGGACACGAACCUUAAGCCCUCCGAGUACCUGAAGACGGUCUCCAACAGGCCCAAGUCGCAUCUUGCGAACAAGGACAUCAAGGUCGAAAACGGCGUCGCGACCAAGAGGCCUCUCGGAAGGGUCCUCGAUAUCCCUCCGGCGGCCUCCGCGGCUCAGAACGCGGCCAACGCGCAUUCCAUGACGCUGCCCUUGACCAACAGCAUCGCCAACGUCGCCAAGGCCCUGAACGGACUCAAUGGUCUUGGGAGUCCGCAUAACGGCACUAACGGUCACGGCGUGGUGUACAAUGGCCUCAACGGUCUCAACGGAUCGAAAGUGGGCAACGGAAGCCUAUGCGGCGGCAGCGUCAGCAGCGGCAGCGUGAACGGGGACGACUCGCCCACGCCUUCGCUGUGCGAAGAGAAGAUUCACGGCAGCGGUACGGGCACGAACGGUGACAUGAGCAGCAGCUGCAGCACCAACAGCCUGCCGCGGUCCAUUCCGUCGACGCCGUGUUCUCCUCAGCCGAACGGCGGUGCUUUCUCAAUCACCAAGGAGCAGCUACAGAACGUCCAGCUCAAAAGGACGGACAAGCCGAGCACGUUGGAGCGGUGCGUCCUGCUCCAGAAGAGCCCGUGCAGCACGUUGGCCGAGCAGAAGAGCACCAUUAUCGAGGAGCUGAAGCAGUCCAUCGGCACCCAGGGAGUCCACGGCGUGAGGAAGCUGAAGGAGGAGCGACAGAGGCUCGAGGAAGAAAAGGAGAAGAAGAAAGCCGAGGAGCUGCUGCAGCAGAUCAAAGCGACCAACUUCGUGGACACGAUACCCGAGAAGGACAACAACGGCUGCGUCAUCCCCGCCUGGAAGCGACAGAUGCUGGCCAAGAAGGCGGCCGACAAGGCGAGGAAGGAGGCCGAGGAAGCCCUGCAGAGAGAGGCUGAAGCUAAGAAGUGGACAUCGGUGCCUGCCUGGAAACGACAGCUUCUCAUGAAGAAUGGCGAUGCCACAUUGCCGAGCAACAGGACCCUCGGGCCCAAGCCCUUGACGGGAACGCUGAGUUGUCCCGCGACGCCGGUGUCGAGCGCUCCUUCUUCGACAACGUCCACGCCGGCGUCGACGCCGUCCAAGCCGGAGAACGGCACCGACAGCAGCGUCAACAGCAAGAGCGAGCCGGCGUCUCCGGCGUCCAACGCCACGUCGUCCCUGGUCAUCGCGGAAGAGGACAAGCCGCAGAAUCCGUUCCUGCAGCACGGCCUGCGCAAGGUCAACGUGCGUCUCCACUGAGCUCUUGCAGGCCAGUCACACGAAGGCUUUGCUAAGCUCGCAAGAAGUCUUCCCCCCAACUCUCCGGCGACGUACGAGAGUAUAUGCGUGUGUCAAAAUGAUGACGUCUUCGCCGAAGACGACGAUAGUGAAGAAGACACGGUGCCUCGCGAGGAACGAUGUGUGACCCUUCGUGGUGGAAAAAGACUCUCGGAGUGUUGUGCCCGAUCGUUUUUGUUACGUUGAUUGUUGUUAGUUUCGUUUCCUCAGCGUCCUUCAUUUUUCUUCCUUCUUCCCUUACUUGAUGUGUGUGUGUGAAGACUGGUUGUUCCCUCGCCGAUUUUUUUUUUUUCCUGUUUUGGUGCACACACACACACACACACGCAUGCGCAUGCGCGGACACACGCGAACGUGUUGAGUCUUCUGCAGGGGCGCCGCCGAAAGCUGCGGCGCCGGGGCCUGAGAGAACGACUUAACCGUGGUGCUGAUGACGAGUUCUUUUACUUUAAUUUUUUUUCCUGAACUAUUCAUCUGCACGCGAUGUGAAGAGGGAAAGGGAAAUGGGACAUUUUGGGAGACUGAUCGUCGGCUGCGCAGAUGUGUGCUUAUUAAGCCUAUAAGCGAGCAAACCUGCGCUGCCCCUUUCAACGAACAAAUGAAAAACGUUGCGCGUUCCAAGACUUUGAACAGCAGCUCAAUUACGGCGCUGACUACGCGAUCGGUUGCGUAUUCGACGAUUCAUUUUUUAUGUCUCGGCGAUCGUUUGCCAGCGUAAAUGACGUGCGGGCUUCUCACGAGUGCCGUCAAAUUGUAUAAAGCGAUGCUCGAUCGCGCGAGGACACAGCUGAUGCCGUCGAUCACUAGCGAAGCCAAUUUUAGAUCAAUCGCGUUACGUGAAUAUUUAUAUAUAGUUGUAGUACGCGCAGUGCUUUCCCGAACGCCGCAUACAGCGCUGUGUCCAAUUUUUUGGAAAGCUCGUUGGAAACGUGUGCUUUCACAAUGACCCGUAUGUGAAGUCAUGUGUUGAUUGGACCCCAGAUGAGGGUGGGGAGUUGGUCUCACAAUUAUAGAAAGCGGUAACCUUACUUCUGCGAAUGCGACCGAUCGAGUACCACAAUUCAGAGCAGAGCUUGCAAAAGGUGUCGAGAGGUGCAGUCUCUGUGGUCCGUGAUUGAGAAGGCUUCGCGAUGCCUGUAACUGUAGGUUUUGCGUACGCUCUAAGCGCGUCACGACGGUUGGUAACCCACAUGGUCGGAUCGACGAUGCCUCAUCAUUCGCACGAGAAACUUGCAUUUUUUCAUUAGGCGUCACCUCGAAGUAUUUAAGGGGGCAAACGCGAGCGGAGUUGUUGCGGUUUUCCGCGACUCCAUUUAGAUCUCGUGCUGUUGCCCGCAAGCGAAAACCUUUGUCUGUUCGUUCAACUGUCUUCCCCGAAAGUCGUUUAUCUCGAAGAGCCCCCAACAGUUCUUUUUUAUUAUUAUUUUGUUCGUUUCCUAAAUGCGACCCGCUCGAGUAUGUCGUCGAGCUCACUGCCGACUUUGGCGAGCGCUUAAGAAUAAAAAGAAAAGGUCACUACUUGACAAAGAGCUCUGCUGGAGUUUGAGAUACCGUAGUACUUCGACAGCAUCUGUCGGCCGUGCAGUGCAUAAAAGCGCAGUAAAAAUAAAGAUUAUCAGCAAUUUGCAGGUCUGACGCUUCGGCAGAAAUUUUCUUUUGCUUCUAAUGGCAGAGUAACGUUCUUUUAUCUUUGCUAUAACCUAUAUUCUCUGAAGCCGAACUAACCUUCUCUUCUUACGAUACGCUUUUGUUUCUUUUAUAUACUUUUGUACAUAGCGUCAAAUUCUCGAAAGGCUCCGCCUGAGGUGCCUUUGAGAUGACUUUUACCUGAACUUUUUUUUACAUCUUCUUACGUUUGCAGGUUAGUUUCUUGUAUGAUGAAACGCUUGGUCUUGUUUUCUCACCCCCUUUCUUAUUUUUUAUUCCAGGAAAUUUGAACGCUGUUGAUAGCAUAAGAACAUUACGUGACGUCAAAAGGCGCCGUCUACACUUGUUAUCGCUGUUUGAGACUACGUCUCUUGAGGCGUAGUCUUUGUACUACGAGCGUAAUCAAAAAUUGCUUUUUUUUGUUUUUCACACUACAACUUGUCCUUACCUUUACGGCUAUACGAAAGCGAAUAAGGUUUCCUUUUUUUUUUUUUUUGCAACUGUUAUCACUUGUCCCUUUUAAAAAAAGAAAAGAAAAGUUUGAGCAACGCAGCACCUAAACGGGUCGACAGGUCCCCUACGACACGAGCUUAAUGAAACAACGGGAGCUGUGCGACAAGCUCUCCUCGAAGCUCUAGUCUUCAGAAGCAUCUAUUUAGAAAGACUGUAACUUUUUUUUUUCUGUGAAUAAAAAUCUCAAUAAGAUCUUG